AUGUCCUGUUGGGUAGUGUUGGUGUUCAUUCUGAGUAUAGCAUCGCUCAUCAUCUACUUCAUCGACGCGUCCAGUGAGGAGGUUGAGCGAUGUCAGAAAUGGAGUGACAAUAUUACUCAGCAGAUCGACCUUGCCUUUAACAUAUUUUUUAUGGUCUACUUUUUUAUACGAUUUAUAGCAGCUAGUGACAAACUAUGGUUCAUGCUCGAGAUGUAUUCAUUUGUAGAUUAUUUCACGAUACCCCCAUCCUUUGUAUCAAUAUACCUGGAUAGAACGUGGAUAGGGCUAAGGUUUCUCCGAGCUCUACGCUUAAUGACCGUGCCUGAUAUUUUGCAGUACCUCAAUAUAUUAAAGACAUCGAGCUCAAUUCGUUUGGCGCAAUUAGUAUCUAUCUUUAUAUCGGUGUGGCUCACAGCAGCCGGCAUUAUUCAUUUAUUGGAAAAUUCUGGUGAUCCACUGGAGUUUGACAAUGCGCAAUCAUUGUCGUAUUGGACUUGCGUGUACUUUCUUAUAGUCACCAUGUCCACUGUAGGUUACGGUGAUGUGUUCUGUCACACUGUUCUAGGCAGAACAUUUUUGGUUUUUUUUCUCCUCGUCGGCUUGGCAAUGUUCGCUAGUAGCAUUCCCGAAAUUAUAGAGCUGGUAGGGAGUAGGUCCAAGUACAGUGGCGAGCUGAAGCGUGAACAUGGAAAAAGUGCCGUCAGAUGUAUUGUGUUAUCUACUCGCGCACACCCGGCGGCCCCGCGGGCGGCGGCGGGCGGCGUCGCGCCCCGCGCCACGCGUCCCGCCGUGUGGCGCCGGGGCGGGCCUCGCCCGGCGGCCGUCCGGGACGGUCGGCUCGUGUGCGCGGACUACCAUGCGUCUAUAUCCAUUAUUAGUCUAGUCACCGGCGAACUCCCUAGCGUAGCUCGGCACGGCACCCAAGUCCCGCACGUCCACACCACGCCACAGCCACACGCAGACAGACGACACUCAAGCCACACAGCCUUGUGCGAGCGCGAGGGUUCACGGCCGCGGGCCGGGGCGGGCCGGGGGGGCGGGCGCGCGGGGGGGCCAUCGCUCACCUCACGGUGUUUGCUGUGUAUCGUAGGCUGUGUUCGCCAGCUGGAUCCCCGAGAUAACCGAGCUGGCGGCGCAGCGGAACAAAUACGGCGGCCGGUACAACAAGGACGUCCGCCGCAGGCGAUAUUUGCCAGUUGUAUCCCAGAGAUAAUUGACUUAAUCGGCACUAGACCCAAGUAUGGCGGCACCCUCAAGAAUGAGCGGGGACGCAGGCAUAUAGUCGUAUGUGGACAUAUAACGUACGAAUCAGUGAGCCAUUUCUUAAAAGACUUCCUACACGAAGAUCGGGAAGAUGUGGACGUUGAGGUUGUUUUUUUACACAGGAAACCGCCCGACCUGGAGCUCGAAGGCCUGUUCAAGAGACACUUUACAACUGUGGAAUUCUUUCAAGGCACCAUUAUGAAUCCAAUCGACCUACAAAGGGUAAAAGUACACGAAGCAGACGCGUGUUUGGUACUAGCCAACAAGUAUUGCCAAGAUCCAGAUGCGGAAGAUGCUGCGAACAUCAUGAGAGUCAUCUCUAUUAAGAACUACUCCGACGACAUUAGAGUUAUUAUACAGCUAAUGCAGUAUCACAACAAGGCCUACCUCCUGAACAUACCAUCGUGGGAUUGGAAGCAAGGCGACGACGUGAUUUGCUUAGCAGAACUGAAGUUGGGUUUUAUCGCGCAAAGCUGUCUCGCCCCAGGGUUCUCCACAAUGAUGGCCAAUUUGUUUGCUAUGAGAAGUUUCAAAACGUCCCCCGACACGCAAGCUUGGCAGAACGAUUACCUGCAGGGUACCGGUUGUGAAAUGUACACGGAAACUCUGUCCACAUCCUUCACUGGAAUGAGCUUUCCACAAGCGAGCGAGUUAUGUUUUACGAAGUUAAAGCUCCUGUUACUGGCGAUCGAGAUCAAAGGUGAAGAGGGUACCGACAGCAAGAUCUCCAUAAACCCGCGUAACGUGAAGAUCCACGCCAACACUCAGGGAUUUUUCAUUGCUCAAUCUGCUGAUGAGGUUAAAAGGGCUUGGUUCUAUUGCAAAGCGUGCCACGAAGACAUCAAAGAUGAGACUCUCAUCAAGAAAUGCAAAUGCAAAAAUUUGACCGCGCACCAGCGGAAGGUCGGAGCCGAUAUAGAUGACCACCAUCCUCCCCCCACGUUCACGCCGCCAGAGUUGCCCAAGAAGGUCCAUGUUCGAGGUGAAAUCGCUAGAGAGAGAGGUGAAGAUAUUAGUUUAAUAAAUCGCAAUCACCGAAGUGCGCCGACCGCGCUACUGUCUCCUAUGGCGAACCAGCUCAUGAACACCACGAGGCAAGUCAACAAGGUCAAACCCAACGUUAACAGGGCACCGCCCGACACGAAUACGCAAGACCAAGAUACGAAUUACCAAGCCUACCAUCUAGCCUACGAAGUGAAAAAACUCAUGCCAACGAGUAGGAGUAGUGGUGGCAAUCAAAACAGCAAUGGCGUCAGUUUGCCAGCCGGCCUGGCUGACGACCAGUCGAAAGACUUCGACUUCGAAAAGACUGAAAUGAAAUAUGACUCCACGGGGAUGUUCCAUUGGAGUCCAGCGAGAAAUCUAGAAGAUUGUAUAUUAGACAGAAACCAAGCGGCCAUGACGGUGCUGAACGGUCACGUCGUCGUGUGUCUAUUCGCGGACCCGGACUCUCCACUAAUAGGUCUCAGGAACUUAGUGAUGCCGCUCAGAGCCUCCAACUUUCACUACCACGAGCUGAAACACGUAGUUAUUGUUGGUAGCGUCGAUUAUAUUAGAAGGGAAUGGAAAAUGUUACAAAAUCUACCUAAGAUCUCCGUAUUGAAUGGUUCACCGCUAAGCCGGGCCGACUUGCGUGCAGUGAACGUGAACCUAUGCGACAUGUGCUGUAUACUGUCAGCGAAGGUGCCAUCCAACGAUGACCCGACGCUGGCCGACAAGGAAGCUAUAUUGGCUUCGUUGAACAUCAAGGCGAUGACGUUCGACGACACCAUCGGAGUGCUCAGCGGCAACCACGCGGCGCCCGUCGGGCCCGCGCCCGUGCUGCUGCAGCGCCGCGGCUCCGUGUACGGGGCCAAUGUGCCCAUGAUCACUGAGCUAGUGAACGACAGCAACGUGCAGUUCCUGGACCAGGACGACGACGACGACCCGGACACGGAGCUGUACCUCACGCAGCCCUUCGCCUGCGGGACCGCCUUCGCCGUCAGCGUGCUGGACUCCCUCAUGUCCACUACAUAUUUCAACCAGAACGCCCUCACACUAAUCCGGUCGUUGAUAACGGGCGGCGCGACGCCCGAGCUCGAGUUGAUACUGGCAGAGGGCGCGGGCCUGCGCGGGGGAUACUCCACGCCAGAGAGCUUGGCUAAUAGAGACCGCUGCCGUGUAGGUCAGAUCUCCCUAUACGAGGGGCCUCUAGCGCAGUUCGGCGAGGCCGGCAAGUAUGGAGACCUGUUCGUGGCGGCGCUACGUACAUACGGAAUGCUCUGCAUCGGUCUCUACCGCUUCCGAGAUACUUCCUCCAGCUGUGAUGCUAGUAGCAAACGAUAUGUUAUCACCAAUCCGCCUGAUGACUUCUGUUUGCUGCCUACUGAUCAGGUGUUCGUGCUAAUGCAGUUCGACCCCGGCGUGGAGUACCGCUCGAGCCGACGAGCUGCGGGCAAAGACGACGCGUCC